AUGCUACAUCUAGCGUCAAAAAUUCCUCUUGAACAGAAAGCCGCAUACUUGCGCACCCUUCCUGCCAUACGUGAACGUUGUGGUCAAGUAUUUGAACUCGCCAGACAGAAUAAACUGGAAUACUUCGAUUAUCACCCAGAAAAAGAGGCAGAUGUAGCCAAGUUCUGUGUGGAGAUCAUAACGCGUGAUUUUGGGACAAACUUUGGGGCAAUUCCACCUCACGGCCGAUGGAGGCAUUUCGACGCAGGAGGAUCUCGAAUCUCCCCUCUCCUCGAAAAAUGGAACGCCGAGUCGGUCGAUGAUCAAGAACAAGGGAAGCGUCUAGUUGACUUGUUCAUCGUAUCCGUCUUGCUUGACGCUGGAGCUGGCAAGGAUUGGGCCUAUCACGAGAAAGAAACCGGUUCGAAAUACGGUCGAUCAGAAGGACUUGCCAUUGCUAGCUUCUAUAUGUAUGCCAAUGGCACGUUCUCGAGCGAUCCAAAUCAACCAUAUCGUGUUGACGCUGAGGCUUUAUUGAAGAUCACACCCCAUUCUCUUGCUUCGGGAAUGCAAGUAUCACAGGGUAACCCGCUUAUUGGCCUUGAAGGUCGAGCAUCCCUCCUCAAGAACCUUGGUCUGGCCCUACAAGCUAGCCCCAGUCUGUUCGGAACGAACCCACGUCCCGGAAAUUUGAUCGAUUUUCUCAACACACAGUCCAAGCUGGAGGGUUCGAUCAAAACUGUGCACAUUUCUGCCCUUUGGCACGUGUUGGGCGAUGGCUUGAACACCAUAUGGCCAGCUUCUCGUACAAAGUUGGGUGAUGUUUCCCUAGGGGAUGUAUGGCCAUGUGGUGUUCUCAAGGGCACAUCUACGGCAGAGGGAGAUGACUUGGUUCCAUUCCAUAAACUGACUCAGUGGAUGACCUACAGUGUCGUUGAAGCGAUUGAACGUACGACUAAGUGGCAAUUCACCGGUGUGGAGGACAUGACAGGGUUACCGGAAUAUCGUAACGGUGGACUCUUUUUGGACUUUGGUGUGCUCACUCUUAAACCCAAUGCUCUCCCGACCAAUGAAAACACUGGUUUGCCGCAAGCGUCCGCAGCCGCCCCAGCGGUUGUGGAAUGGAGAGCAUUGACUGUCAUCUUGCUUGAUCGGAUCGCGGAGGACAUUCGCGUUAGACUAGGACUUUCUCCCGAGCAACUUAAGCUGGUACAAGUUCUUGAAAGUGCGACCUGGAAAGGAGGUAGAGAAAUCGCAAAGCAGAGAAGGCCCGAGACCGGUGGACCCCCUAUUGAGUUGGAAAGCGAUGGAACAAUAUUCUAA